AUGGUUUACUAUGUCGCCAACAGGAUCUCGACUGCCUGUCAAUACUUCGGUCGCUUCCAAAGCACAGUUUGGAAUCGCUGCGGUCUUCAAGUUAGCAGGAAGUUGAACAUGUACAAGGCCGUUAUCCUGCCGACGCUUCUUUAUGGAGCGGAGACGUUGACGGUUUACAUGAGGCAGGCGCGCCCACUGAAUCACUUCCACCUCAGUUGUCUCCGUCGCAUCCUGAACCUGAACUGGCAGGAUCGCGUCCCCGACACUGAUGUGAUGGCACGUACGGGAAUGCUCAGCAUCCACUCCUUGCUGAGGCAAAUGCAGUUGCGCUCGAGCGGCCACCUGGUGCGCAUGGACGACGAGCGUCUACCCAGACGACUCUUCUCCGGAGACGUCGCGACGGGUUCUUGCCGUCAAGGAGGCCAAAUUCGCUGUUACAAGGAUACCCUGAAGUCCUCCCUGAAGCGUCUGCAAAUCAACCCGACCAACUGGGAAGAACUCGCUCGCGAUCGUCCGACAUGGAGGAGAACAGUGAAGACGGGCGCUGCUAUCCACGAAGCCAACCGCAUCGCCACCGCCAAAGCAAAACGCGAAGCCCGCAAAUCACUACUUCGCCCAAUACGCAACGUCGCCUCACAAACGCUUCCAACGUGUCCUCGAUGUCAACGGACAUUCCGGGCUCCAAUCGGACUUGUUGGACAUCUUCAGACCAACUGCGCCUCUCAAACUGCACCAACAGUCGUCCCCCCGCCCGACUCUUCCUCCCCGCCGCCGCCAACUAACUCUGACAAUUCUUCUGAACCACCACUUCCAUCUUCCUCCUCCUCCUCCACUGCUCCAACGGCGGCCGCUCAGGCGACUGUCACGCGCGCAACAACCGACGCCACCACCACCACCUCCCCCGACUCCAGCGAUGAGAAGCAGGACUACACCUGCCCUCACUGCGACCGCAUCUUCACCUCACGCAUCGGCCUGGUCGGUCACUUGCGAAUCCAUCGCACAGAGACUGGCGAACCAGUGCCUGGAGCACCAACCUACACCCACCGCACUCGCCUUCACUGCCCACACUGCCCUCGCACCUUCCGGCAUCGCAUGAGCCUAUUCGGCCACAUGCGCAUCCAAGAGAGCGGCAUUGACCGCACUCCUGACACACCCACCACAUCCGACUCAUCAACCGUGCUAAACCCCACACCCGCUCCACACGUCCGCGCCACCACCACCACCUCAUCUGUAGGUGACACUGACACCGCCGAUUUCUCAGGCCCACAGUGUCCACGCACAUUUACCUCACGCAUCGGCCUGGUCGGUCACUCACGAAUCCAUCGCACAGAGACUGGAGAACCAGUGCCUGGAGCACCAACCUAUACUCACCAAGCUCGUCUCAACUGCCCACACAGCCCUCGCACCUUCAGGCAUCGCAUGGGCCUAUUCGGCCACAUGCGCAUCCACGACGACCUGCGGUAG